GAGACACAUAUUCAUGGUGAAGUUAACUUCGAUGAAAGAAGAGACUAUGCAAUGUCUAAGUCGUUAAAUUUUGUCAUGGUAUGAAUUAUCAGGUGACUUAAUCCAUUUUCUGUUAAGAUGAAUAAAGGUUCAAAAUGUGAAGAUAAAUUGACGGAGAUCUCCGGAAAAUGGGGAAAAUCUAGUAUAGAAUCAGGAGAAAAUCCCUCGACUUUUGUCAGUCAGAGAAGUUAUUCCAACAUUUCGUCAUCUUCAUCAGAAUAUUGUGUUGUAGAAAAAUAUAGAGAAGAUCCUGUUUGUCAUCCACCAUCAACAGUGGAAAAUACGGACAUAGAGCAUAUGAAAUCGAUAUUGCUGCAAUAUGGCAAAGAGCAAGUUGAACGUUAUUGUAAAACUUUCAAAGAAGAAAUGGAGACGAAAUAUGUCAAAAAAGAAUCUGUUACUCAAGCACAAGCUGCAAUAAAUAAACAAUAAAGUUAGAAUAUUUAGAUUAUAUAUA